AUGGAAGCGGCUGGAAUAACCUCCGUGCAAGCGGAGCGCAGCGAGCGGAGUGCGACAGGGAGGAGAAAGGCACGGUCCCAGGCAAGCGAUCACAGCGACCCCCGAAACAUGGCGGAGACCGUGCGAUCGCUCUUCGACUACCGGGAGCCUCCGACGCUGGACAGCGACGGGGAGGGGAGCAAGCCGCCGCCGCCUCGGGGACGGGGGUGUGGCCGAAAGAGGAAGGGAACCCCAGUGAAGGUGUGUGACAGGGUCUUCGUCACUGAGGAUGAGGAAGAGAGCCUGUCUGAACACAGCUACUGCCCUGGUGAUGGCCAGUACCAGGAGGGAGAAGAGGACAGGCUGCCCCCACCUGAUGGACCCUACUACCUCGCUGACCCCGCCCAGCUGUGCGUAUCGGAACUCGGGGAGGAGGGGGGGAGUGGGGCCAGGGCAGCUGUGCUGUACCCGCCGCCACCCAACUGCCGCAUCAGAGAGGUGCACUGUGGGAACCAGGUGCGGCUGGUCGUCAUAGCGAUCAGAGACAUCGCCAAGGGAGAGGAGAUAACCGUGGACUACAGUCUGACAGAGUGGGGAGAGAAUGCCAUGGGUUUCCAUAGCACCGUGUCGCCGGGCGGGUUCGAGUGCAGCUCUGACCCUGAGAACAACAUCAAGAAGGAGGAAGAGUCCGGUCCCGUCUCCCUCUCUCUCUCCGUCUCAGACUACCUCACUCCCUCCUGGUCCCUCUCUCCCUCGUCCUCCCCGCUGUCUCACUCGGAGCCCAGCGACUCGGACCGGGAGGACGAGGAGGAGGAAGAGGAGGAGGACGAGGAGGUGGAGGAGCACAGGGGCCGAAUGCUACGCCGGCGCAAGAAACGGAAAAACGCUUCAGGCACCAAAAAGAAGACCCCGCCCAGGCCCCCCGGCCGGCCCCCCCUCUCCUUCUCCCGCUCGCUCCCCUCGUCUCCGCCCCCACGCCCCCUCUUCAAAUCACCGGCCGUGGCCCCCACCACCAACAUUAACAACAACAUCAACAUCAACAUUGGGAGGGCGGGGCCGGCGGGCGUGGUGGAGGGCGUGGGUGUGGGCAUGGUCGGGGGCGGGCAGAGGCAGUGCUGUCUGUACUGCGGGAGGCAUUUCCGCUCGCUCGCCCGCCACCUGGAGAAGCACCACGCCCAGCAGCCCGAGGUGCGGGCGGCCAUGGACCCUGCCCAGUCGCAGCUGCGCCCCGCCCACCCGCACCCCGCCGCGCCCCUCCCCUCCUCCUCCUCCGCCUCUGCCGCCUCCGCCCCUCCCACGCUGUUCUCCAGGGAGAGGGAGGCCCAGGUUCACGGUGGGAACGGCGCCGUUUCCCUUUCUCUCUCCCUCUCGCCCCCCUCCCUCAGCCACGCCUCUCCCAGGAAGAGCCCCGCCCUCUCCACCCCACCCAGGAAAAGCCCUGCCCCUCCACUUUCAACUCCGCCCAGAAAGAGCCCGGCCCCGCCCCUCUCCACGCCGCCCAGGAAGAACGCCUCUUCGUCGACUGCACCGAGGAAGGGAGGCCGCAGGAUGAAGAAGGAGAAGGAGGAGGAGCCAGAGGAGAGGGGGAGGACCAAGGAGGAGGAGUCCUCUCCUCCCGUCUUCCAGGAGGUGAAGGAGGCGGCGGUGGCGGAGGAGAGCAGAACGAGGGAAGAGGAGAGCGGAGGAGAAGAUAAGCAGGGCACGAUGUCCAGCUCUCGGCGGCCGCACAUGAUGCCGCUGCUGUCGUCGCUGUCGUCGCUGGUGAUGUACCUGCGGCGGCUGCAGCACUCGGCGUUCCUGUCGCUGUCGCGCUCGCCGCAGUCGGCCGAGGCCUGGCGGCUGCUGUGCCACUCCAGCCUGGCGCUGCUCAUCCUCUACAACCGCCGGCGCGAGUGCGAGGUGUCCAAGCUCACCAUCCAGGAGUACCGGAACCGGGUGACGCCGCAGUGCCCCAUCCCGGUGCCGCCCGGCGCCCCGCCCGCCCUCACGCCGCUCGAGGCCUCGCUCUCACCCUUCGAGCGGCAGGUGCUGCCCCACCUGCCGCGGGUCGGGGUGCAGGGCAAACGGGGCCGCGUGCAGCCCCUCAUCCUGCCCCCGCACAGCGAGCCUUGCCUGGAGCUGCUGCUGCAGACCCGCCCGGGUGUGGGCGUCGACCCGCAGAACCCCUACGUCUUCGCCCGGCCGUAUCACUCCCCGGCCACGCCCCUGCGCGGGACCGACCUGCUGCGGAGCCUGGCCCGCUCCAGCGGAACCCGCAACCCGCGGGCGCUGACCCAGACCCGCCUGCGCCGGCAGCGGCUGGAGAGCUUCCUACAGAAGGAGUACCAUGUGACGCAGAGCUGCGCCGGGAUUAGCCAGGACCCGGGGCUGAUGGGACGCGUGGGCCGGGUGGUGCUCUGCGGGGAGAGAGACGGGGUGCUCUUCAGGGGCAUGAGCCUGCACCACAUCUGUCUGGAGCUGGAUGUGAUGUCGGGGAACUCUGCGGACUCCUUCUCAGAGGAGUCGGAGGGGGAGCAGGGGAAGGAGAAGGCGGGGAUAACACCGAUGAUGAAGAAGGCCGCAGCCAAUGGGAAAGCUCCCCGCCAGAGGAAAGGGAGCGGGGCCACUCCCCCCGGCUCCGCCUUCCCCACCCCCAACGGCCGCAAGAGGAGCCCUGGCCAGCCCAAACCAGGUAAGCGCGGGGUGCUGAAGAGGCCCUGGUCGGAGGCGGAGCGGGCGGCAGUGGAGUCGCACCUGACGCGGAACAUCAUAGAGAUGCGUGUGCCGGCCAAAGCUGACUGCGAGCGCUGCCUGCAGCACUGCCCCCUGCUGGUGUCCAACCGCCGCGACUGGAGAGCCAUCAAGUUCUACUGUCACAACCGCAUCCAGCUUCUCAAGAAGAGGGGCAGGAGGGAGAGCCUGAGCCCGGGGGAGGCCCCGCCCACCUGCUGA